GCGCAUAUAUUUCCUGCCAUUUCAAUGUGUAUAAAGUGAAACAUAAAAGAAAGAACGCACUCGCGCUUUAUUUACUGUGUUUUACAUGGUCCAAUCGAGUUGUAUGGUGUUCCGUUUACUACUCUCUAUUUAUAUUUUGUAUAUAAAUAUCAGCUGAUUAUUAAAGAUAAACAACAAUGCCAAAUUUUACUCUAGAGCAUUCGCCCAAUGCGGCUUUAAAUAAAUCAGUAUUAAACAAAUACCUUGACUUACCAAUUCCUGAUGGAAAGGUUAUGGCCACGUAUAUCUGGAUCGAUGGGACCGGCGAACAUGUCAGAGCAAAGACUAGGACAUUAGACUUUAUACCAAAUAAGCCAGAAGAGCUCCCAGUGUGGAACUACGAUGGUAGCUCAACAUAUCAAGCAGAAGGGUCAAAUUCUGAUACUUAUUUGCACCCUGUUGCCAUUUAUAAUGACCCUUUUAACAGAGGAUUAAAUAAGUUGGUUCUUUGUGAUACCUACAAAUACAAUAAGAAACCCACUGAUACAAAUAAGAGACAAUCUUGCCUACAAGCCAUGACAGCAGCAAAAGCAUCUGAACCUUGGUUCGGAAUUGAGCAAGAAUACACCCUUCUGGACAUGGAUCUGCGGCCUCUGGGUUGGCCCAAGAACGGUUUUCCAGGUCCUCAGGGUCCCUACUAUUGUGGUGUUGGAGCGGAUAAGGUUUACGCUAGGGAUAUCGUGGAAGCUCAUUAUAGAGCUUGCCUAUAUGCUGGAAUUAACAUUAGUGGAAGCAAUGCUGAAGUUAUGCCUGCGCAGUGGGAAUACCAGGUAGGACCCUGUGAAGGUAUUUCAAUAGGAGACCAACUCUGGGUAUCUAGGUACAUUCUCCACCGGGUAGCAGAAGAUUUUGGCGUUAUCGUAACAUUUGAUCCUAAACCCAUGGAAGGAGACUGGAAUGGAGCUGGUGCUCACACCAACUUCUCAACCAAAGCUAUGAGAGAAGACGGAGGCAUUUUGGAAAUUGAAAAAGCCAUUGACAAGCUGAGCAGAAAUCACCUUAGACAUAUCCAGGCCUACGAUCCGAAAGGAGGAAAGGACAACGAAAGGAGACUUACAGGAAGACAUGAAACUUCUUCUAUUCACGAUUUCAGUGCAGGCGUUGCUAACCGCGGUGCAAGUAUUAGGAUUCCCAGAGGUUGCGCUGAAGACAAGAAAGGAUAUUUGGAGGACAGAAGACCAUCGUCCAACUGCGAUCCUUACGCUGUUACUGAAGCUAUCGUGAGGACGACAAUCCUUGACGAAUAAAUUAUGAUCGUAAAUCAAUGAGAGUGGUUUGAAGUCGUAAUUAUUAAUCAAAGAAAAAUUGCUUAUUUUAAAAUAACGGAAAAUGCAUUUCUACAAAGUAAUAUACUUUUUUUUAAACAUAAAUACGACGUAAAACCUAUAAUGUUACCACUAAGAAUCGUUCCAUAUUGAAUAUACUCUAAGUUGCGUUUUUAACGAUAAUAUUAAGAUAAUAAAAUAUAUUCACAAUUUUGUUGGUGAUAUGUAUGCUAGAAAUAAGUUUUGUUAUGAAUAAAACUUUUAGAUGUUUAAACAAAUUAGAGUUAAAACAAAUUGCAUGUUUUAAACGAUAUUAAAUGUUAUUUAUCUUGCAUGUAUAGUUUUAAUGAAAAAAUAUCAAAUUUCAUGUAGGUGUUUAAAAUAAUUAACAAAAAUUGUAUAAGUACAUUCGUUUUUGUAUCCAAAAAUAUUUUCAUUCAAUGAGCCGAAACAUAUAUGAAACAAUGAUAUUUAAUACAUAUUAUAUUUUUGCACAAGUUUUAUUUGUACACAGAUAAAUAAAUUUAUUAUUAUUUGUUAAA